UUUCUCUCUCUCUCUUUUAACCUGUUUGUGUUUGUUCCCCUUGUUCUCUCUCUUUCUCUGAAUGAUGAUGAUGAUGGUGAUGAGAAGAUGGAGUUGAUGAGAGAGAAAUGGCACAGCCACAGCCACAGCCACAGCAACACCACCAUCAUCACAACAACAACAAUGGCGGUGGUAGCACCACCCAAAAACAACACCACCAUGUUCUCCAUGACUUUCUCGGCAUGAAGCCCAACAACGAUAUACGCCUCUCUACUGACCUCUCACCUUCCUCUUCCUCCGCCGCUGCACGCGGCCCCUUCUCCUCCUCCGCCGCCUCCGACAUCGCUUCCGAAAAACAGGUAGGGAAUCAUCUUGAAGGGGUUCCAUACUAUGGUCCACGAAGUGAUUUUUCUGGCACCGAGAUAAGCAACAGAUUAGUGGGAAACAAGAGAAGCAAUUCUGAUUCUACUUUUAUGGGUUCCUCCAGAGAUGCCUUCCAAAUGGUCCCUGAGUCCUUUCAAAACUCUCAUUUGAUGAAGGUCCUUCGUAGUGCUGCCGGAGGAGAGAAGCUUAGAAGGCCAAAUGAUGAUGAAGUGUUGCUCGGUAUGCAGUCGCUGAAGCCAAUGUCUGCUUCUCUAUUUCAGCCUCCUACAAGUUCCAAGCUUGAUGCCAAUAAAUGGGAACGAUCUUUACUCAUGAAUGUUGGCCCUUCCAUGCAGCAUCCCCCACGUGGAGGUCAACUGACGCCGUUUGUACACCAAAUAGCCUCAAACAAAAUGAGGGAUGCCAAUGCCGGUCCUUCAUUUAUUUCUCAGUCAGCUGCUGAUGAAGGAUCUAGAACAGGAAUUAAGGGCCCUGGCAUUUUAAGUUCCAUAAACCCAACUGCUUUGGGCAUUGAGAAAUCAUCAUCUGCAGGGUUUCUUGGUGGAAGCAGGACAAAGACUGUAAGUAAUGUAGUGGACCCCGAAUCAUCGACACUUCCAAGUCAACAUGGCCAAAAAUCUUCCAGCCGCCAGAUGACUAUAUUUUACGGGGGUCAGGCUCAUGUUUUCGAUGAUGUCCACCCUCACAAGCUGGAAAAAAGCUCUGUGGCAAUCAUUGAUUCAACUCUGCUUAAGUUUUGGCACCCAGAUGGAAGAUCACUAUUCAGUAUUUUCUAUUUGAACAGUUAUCCUAACCUUUUUCUGGCAGAUGUUAUAAUGUCUUUAGCCGGAUCAAAUGGCGGAUCAUGGUCAACUGCAUUCUCGCCGAAAUCUUCUGUAAAGCUGGCGAAUGAUAGUAACUUGCAUAGUGGAGAGAACGACACGGGUAUCCCACAUGAUCUUCACGGGAGGUUGCCUAUUACUGGAAGUUCUAGCCAUGCCAUUGUGCCUGGUGAUCGAAUAUCUACUCCGGCAGUUGUAGUGGCAAACCAGGGAAGCAUUGUAUCUAAACAUACAAGAAAUCCUGUUCAAGCAUCUGAACCCAGAUCUGAAGACAAAAAAAGAGCACAAUGAUACCGAGUUUUGAGUCUGAAAGGUUUGUUUAUGUUCUAUUAAUUAAUUGGAAGGCUUAAGAGCGAGCUUUCUCUUAUUCUGAUUACUAUUGAGUAUCAUCCUCUUAGGGUAUCAAUUUUCUUCUAAUCUUAUAACUUAUUAACCUUUUUUUUUUCUUUUUUUCUAACAUUAAGAGGAUCUUGUACUGCGGUUUCCAUUUUGGUACAAAAAAUUUUUUAGAUAACGAAGACUUGUUCUUGUCUAAGGUUGCCUCGUCGCCUCUAUGUUCAACUAGUGCUUGCAUGUGUAGUUUAAUUUAGUAUCAAUUGAUCUGAAUAAAGUUACUUGAUGCUGGUC